GCACCGAACAAACCUAAAACCAAGCUUGCAUUUCAUCUGCCCCCCUUUAUCCUUCCAUAAACCCUAAAACCCUAAAAACUUAUGGAUCCAGGAAGGAAGACAGACGCCCAGAACUCAACAAUGACAGAUGCUAUGCCGGCAUCAAAGACCAGGUUCGAGUUCGAAGAUGCAGACGAAACCAUAGAAGAAGCAGCCACCGGCAGCUCGAACUUGGAGGAGGAUUCUGCCAUGUGUGAGCCCGAGGAUUCUUCCAUUGUUGGUGCUGAUAAGACCAGCGCUGAUUAUUACUUCGAUUCAUACUCUCAUUUCGGUAUUCAUGAGGAAAUGCUGAAGGAUGUGGUUAGAACGAAGACCUACCAAAAUGUUAUUUAUAAGAACAAAUUUUUAUUCAAGGACAAGAUUGUUCUUGAUGUUGGUGCUGGGACAGGAAUACUAUCCCUCUUCUGUGCAAAAGCUGGGGCAAAGCAUGUGUAUGCUGUUGAGUGCUCGCAGAUGGCUGACAUGGCACAAGAAAUUGUUAAAGCAAAUGGUUUCUCAAGUGUUAUAACUGUUUUGAAGGGAAAAAUUGAAGAAAUUAACCUUCCAGUUCCUCAAGUGGAUAUUAUUAUUUCAGAAUGGAUGGGGUACUUUCUGUUAUAUGAGAACAUGUUGAAUACCGUUUUGUAUGCUCGUGACAAAUGGUUGGUUAGCAACGGAAUUGUGCUACCUGAUAAUGCAUCUCUCUAUCUGACAGCAAUCGAGGAUGCCGAAUACAAAGAGGACAAGAUUGAAUUUUGGAACAACGUAUACGGCUUUGACAUGAGCUGCAUUAGGAAGCAGUCCAUGAUGGAACCGCUUGUUGACACAGUUGACCAGAAUCAAAUCGUCACAAAUAGCCAAUUACUUAAGACCAUGAAUAUCUCGAAGAUGACGUCUGGGGAUGCAUCCUUUACAGCUCCUUUUAAGCUUAUUGCUCAACGUGAUGAUUACAUUCAUGCUCUUGUAGCGUACUUUGACGUCUCUUUUAGCGUGUGUCACAAAAUGACGGGGUUCUCUACAGGUCCAAAAUCAAGGAAUACACAUUGGAAGCAAACGGUGUUAUAUCUUGAAGAUGUGUUGACUAUAUGCCAAGGCGAGUUUGUUGCUGGAAGCAUGACGGUGACUCAAAACAAGAAAAACCCGCGAGAUGUUGAUAUCACUCUCAAGUACACGCUAAACGGUCGUCGCACCACCAUCUCGAGAACCCAACAAUACAAAAUGCGUUAAAAUUGACGGAGAAGAUCGGUUUGUAGCGCAAAAUGGAGGGAAGUCCAUCUGGGGUGUUUUUGCAAGUGGUUUAAAAUCCCAGUUUAUGCAUCAAAUUUUGUAUCCCAAAUUGAUUCUUUUAAUUAAUGAUGAUUUAAUGA